AUGGUCACCAUCUUCAGGAGUAGCCAUAACCAUCUCCGGCAUACUUCAGCUCUCGAUAGCUGUCCUCGGCGAUAUAUUUGCAUCAUUCUGGGUGACUUCAGUGCGGUAUCUGGCUGCGAUCGAGCUGACUAUGAGAUGUCUGUCCGUCCUCAUAGCUUCAGAGUUGAUGCUGGCAGCAAAAAUAACCUUCUUUUCCGGGACUUUGCAUGGUCCCAGAAAUUGAGGAUUUCUGGUUCUUGGUAUCAGUGCCUUGACCCGCAUCAUUGGACCUGGUAUGGCGAUGCGGGUAAUGCGGCCAUGGAGAUCGACCUAAUCCUUGUUAUCACUCACUGCAGGAUCCUCCAGAAUUGCAGAGUAUAUCAGAGAGUCAAGUUCUAUGGAAUUGAUCAUAGAUUAGUUGUGGCUACUCUUUGA